AAUAUUUUCCAACGCACCAAGUAACCGGAAGUUGAACGUUGUGAACGUUCAUGUGGGUACAUGUUCAUGUUGACAACAAAUAGAGUCUCUGAGCAUUUUUAAUAUCCACUAUUCACAUAGACGCGCUUCGCAAUAAAACAUGUCCGACAACGAAGACAACUUCGACGACGGAGACUUUGAUGAUGCCGAGGAGGAUGAGGGAUUAGAUGACCUGGAAAACGCGGAAGAUGAGGACCAGGAGAACGUGCAGAUCCUGCCUGCAGGAGAGGGGCAGCAGGCCAACCAGAAGAGGAUCACAACACCGUAUAUGACCAAAUAUGAGAGAGCCAGAGUGCUUGGGACCCGAGCUCUCCAGAUAGCGAUGUGCGCUCCAGUCAUGGUGGAGCUGGAGGGAGAAACAGACCCCUUGCAAAUAGCUAUGAAAGAGCUUAAGAGCAGAAAGAUCCCCAUCAUCAUCCGCAGAUACCUUCCUGACGGGAGUUAUGAGGACUGGGGCUGCGAUGAGCUCAUCAUUACUGAUUAAUCAAUGUAUCCAGUCCGCACUGACAAAACAAUAUGUACUGUUCCACAUAUAUCCAUCACAUCAGGUGACUUUGUGAGUAGAUGAAAAAUGGAUACAUGAAAUGUACUGAACAGACACUAGAGGACUCAUUCAAAUGAAGACGGUCUGUUGCUUGCAGGUUUAAAAUCUUGUGAUCUGACUUGUUACGCGAUCAGUCUUGCUGUGUGGUUGCGUGCGGUGCAGUUAAAUUCAAAAUUAGAAUGUUUUUUUUGUUUUAACAGCUGCAUUAUAACUUGGAGCCACAAGGGGGAAAUAUAACUUCAGUCAAACAUUCACUUUUUACAAAACAAUCCUGUGUUGUAAUUAUUCUAUUUGUUGUUUUGAAGGAGGGAGGUGAUUAGUGUAAAAGAACUGUUUUAUUGUUAUGAAUAAACUCUUGUAGAAAUUA